UAACAUUCGCAAUAUAAGUCACCCGUUUUGACUAAAGAGUGACCCGAAAAGAUGCGGUGACUCAUCAAGAGAGCUGGUUUGUGAAGAUAAUCGCACUGCUAUGUACUUGUUUGAUAGCCGAUUUUAAGUGCAGUCUAUCAAUUAUUCCACCUAUGAAAUCAGAUUGGUCGCUGAUGGGCUGCAAAAGGAUGACUACUCAUCUCUCCCUCGCUAUUCAUGGACGUGUGAUAGCUUCUAUUCCGAUGCAAACAUAUACACCAUACACAGGUGGAAGGUCAAUGAUGCAUUUGUCAUUGUGAACUGCUCAAAGCCAGUUAGUUCUCCAUUCUACUUCACGACUGGUCCAUGCAUUGAGGGGUCGUACUCUUCCAACACCUCAUCGAAUUGGAACUUGUAUGCUUUGCUCAAUCCAAAAGCAUCGUAUCAGGGAUUUUUACACCAUUCAGAGCUGGACGUGGGUAACAUAUAAUUUUGGGGGUGAAGAGCAGAUUAAUACCAGCUCCUACAACUACAAGCUAAUCUAUAACAUCAUGGCUGAUGGAUUCGAUCUCUACUUUUUUCUAUAUAAAGAGAAGGAAAUUCCCUUUUGCUUCUUUGAUUUCUUUAGCAUCUACAUGGGUUAUGUGGGCUGCAGAUCCAAUCACUACCUCGGUGUGAAGGUUGUUUCAGUUUGGACAACUGUAGAAUUUACGGCAUUACUAGCAUAUUUAUGUGCAGCGAAAUUUGUAAUUGUGGAGCCAUUUGUCGCGAUAUUUCUAAUUUGCAAGUACAGAAGAAGGCACUUGGCAAUGGACAAGAACAUCGAAGAAUUUUUGCAAGCUCAUAACAACUUUUUGCCCAUAAGGUACUCUUACUCGAAUAUUAAGAAGAUCACCAGAAAUUUUAAGCACAAACUAGGUGAAGGGGGAUAUGGUUCAGUGUACAAAGGAACGCUCAGAAGCGGCAACGAAGUGGCCAUCAAGAUUUUGAAGCAGUCCAAGGCCAAUGGCCAAGAUUUUAUCAGUGAAGUAGCUACUAUUGAAAGAAUUCACCAUGUUAAUAUAGUGCAACUCCUUGGUUUUUGCUUUGAAGGCUCGAAACAAGCUCUCGUAUAUGAUCUCAUGUCAAAUGGAUCUUUGGAUAAGCUCAUAUUCACCAAGGAAGGUGAUGAAGUUCUUGAUUGCAUGAAAAUAUAUGAGAUCGCUCUUGGGGUGGCGAGGGGAAUUGGAUACUUACAUCGGGGGUGUGACAUGCAAAUACUACACUUUGAUAUCAAACCUCACAACAUUCUUUUAGACAAAAAUUUCACUUCGAAAGUUUCUGAUUUUGGACUUCCAAAACUUUAUCCAAUUGAUCAUAGUAUAGUCUCAGUGACUGCUGCAAGAGGAACCUUAGGAUAUAUGGCACCUGAGUUGUUCUACAAAAUUAUCGGUGGUGUAUCUUUUAAAGCGGAUGUCUAUAGCUUUGGAAUGUUGCUCAUGGAAAUGGCAGGUAGAAGAAAAAAUAUAAAAGCAAAUGCGGAAUACUCAAGCCAAAUUUAUUUUCCUCUAUGGGUAUACAACCAAGUCAAGCGAGGAGAAAGUGUUGAAAUGGAAGAAGUUGUAGAAGAGGAAAGAAAGGUGACUAAAAAGAUGAUAAUAGUUGCACUUUGGUGAAUACAAUUAAACCCUGACCAUCGUCCUCCAAUGAACAAAGUCUUAGAAAUGCUUGGAGGAGAUAUUGGUAAUAUUCAAAUGCCUCCAAAACCGCUUUUUUACCCACCAAAUGAGCCAAUUGAUGAUGACAAAGCCGAGAUGGAAUUAGAAACAUUUUCAACUUCAUCAAGCGCUCCCAUAAUUUUUGCUAGUUUUCCAUUUGGAGAUAGCAAUGAUGUUUAAAGGACCAUGCACAGUUUAAUUGGAUAAGCUUUGUUCCCCACUAUA